AUGGCAAAAUAUGAAGCAUGCAUCUACGGUAUAGAAGCAACCAAUGACUUGAGAAUUAAGAUUCUUGAAGGAGACUGGGAGACUCAGGAUAGUAAAUUGAUUCCUUAUAGAGAGCAUAUCAUGAAGUUGAUUCCCUAUUUUGAUGAAAUCUCUUUUCAUCAUAUCCCUAGGGAAGAGAGUCAGCUGGCAGAUGCUCUAGCUACUAUGGAAUCCAUGUUUAAAGUCAAAUGGAGGAAUGAAGCACAUGUUACUCGCAUUGACCACUUGGAUGAACCAGCGCAUUGUCUAGUAAUUGAGGAGGAUUUUGAUGAUAAACCUUGGUUCUAUGACAUGAAAAGAUAUCUAGAAAAACAGGAAUAUCCUGAUGGUGUAUCCAUUACAGACAAGAAAUCUCCGAGAAGACUUUGUUCAAAGUUUUUCUUGAAUGGUGAUGUGCUUUACAAAAGAAAUUAUGAUUUUGUGUUACUCAGGUGA